AUGGAUGACGAAAUAAUUGCAGAGGAAAACGAGAUACCAUGGGCUGCUCUGCUCAAAAGGAAAACGGAACACAACGGUGACGUCAUGCUGCACAAACUCACUUACGCACGGAAUCAAAGCAGCUACGAAAACGAAAUGUACGUUAUGCGCGGGGGUACUCGUGCUGUCUGUCGGAAGAAGCAGAGGACAGAUAUGUCUCAGUUCCCAGAAUGCUGCCAUGGAUCAAGUCCAUUCUUGCUGGAAAUGUACCGGAAUCAACGAUUCACUUCACUUUCGAUCCCAACAGAGAAAUGUAUAUACGCCAGAGAUAUGUGUUUUGAAUACGAUCACUAUGAGAAUAAAUCUGUGAGAGGUUGUGUAGAGAUUGUGUUUCAGACAGAGACUUCACUAAAUCUUAUCUUGAAAUGGCAGUGA